CGCCUGUGGACACUCGAUUCCAGCAGUUGGUUGGUGGACGUGAGACAUGAAGCUGGACAGUGUGCUCAUCAGCGACGCCGUCGACCCGGCGUGCGUCCAGCUGCUCAGGGAGAAUGGCAUCCAGGUCACGCACAAAACCAAAAUGCCCCUCCAGGAAUUGCUCGAGGAAAUUAAGAAACACGAUGGGCUGAUCGUGCGCUCGGACACCAAAGUGAACCGCCAGGUGCUGGACAAUGCCCCCAAACUCAAGGUCAUCGGGAGGGCGGGCACCGGAGUGGACAAUAUCGACCUGGAUGCUGCCACCGAGAAGGGAGUCGUCGUAAUGAACACGCCAGGCGGAAAUUCGAUCAGCGCUUGUGAGUUGACCUGCGCUUUGAUAUCGAGCCUUGCAAGGCACGUCUCUCCGGCGAGUUCGGCGCUGAAAAACGGAGCCUGGGAGAGGAAAAGCUAUACCGGCACCGAGCUUUAUGGAAAAACGCUGGCCGUGCUUGGCCUCGGCCGCAUCGGACGAGAGGUGGCAACUAGAAUGCAGGCGUUUGGAAUGAAGACGAUCGGCUUCGACCCUAUCAUCAGCUCGCAGGCCGCCAGGGAGUUCAACGUGGAGAAAAUGGAGCUGGAGCAAAUUUGGCCGCUCGCUGACUACAUCACGGUGCACACGCCGCUCAUUCCGCAGACGAGAAACCUGAUCAACUUUGACGUUUUGAACAAAUGCAAAAAGGGUAUUUACAUCGUGAACGUGGCGCGCGGAGGAAUCGUGGACGAGGAGGGUCUCUUGAAGUCUCUUGAAUCCGGCCAGUGUGGGGGAGCGGCUCUGGACGUGUUCACGGAGGAACCGCCGAAGUCUGAAGGACUCCUUCGACUGCUCGCCCAUCCCAAGGUUCUGGCCACCCCUCAUCUGGGGGCCAGCACCACAGAGGCCCAGCAGAGGGUGGCUGUCGAGAUCGCCGAGCAGUUCGUCGCGCUAACUAAGGGUGCGAGUCUGUUCGGCGUGGUCAACUGCCCAGCCCUGGCCACCGCAGUGCAAGUGAACAACAAGCCAUGGAUCGACCUGGCGCAGGCCCUGGGUUCCUUCGGGCCCUCGUCCAACUGCACCGUUACCGUGCAGACCCUGGGCCAGGGCAUGGAGCGGCUCACCUCUCACCUUUGCCCUGCCGUGCUGAUUGGCCUGCUGGCCAAGAAGGGCACCAACCUGGUCAACGCCCCCGCGCUGGCCACGGCGGCCAAGGUGCAGAUCAGGUCGGAGCACCUGCCAGGUGGCAAGGAGCAGGCCCUGGUGGUGAGCUUCAGCGACGGCAGACGCGUCCAGGGCAGCGUCGUCGAGGGCGUGCCGUGCAUCCAGGCCGUCGACGACGCCUGCUUCGGCCCCAAGGGCGUCGAGCUGAGCGGCAACCUGCUCAUGAUGGAGGGCGCCAACGACCUGGCCAAGUUUGUGCAGGCCGUCAUCAACAAUGGCGCCAAGAUCCUCAGACUGACCGCCGCGCAGGGCGGCGCCGGCUGCGUCGCCGUCCACACUGAAGGCCUCAUGGACGGCAGCAUCAGCGGCGGAAAACUCCUUGGACAGUUCCAGCUCUGAUUGAAUUGAAAUUUGGCCAUUUUCGCAGCUUACAGAUGGCACCACCGUAUAUUUCCACUCAUUUUUCAAAUUUAAUUCAGCUGCUUGUGCAUUUUAGCUAUGUAAAGAUUCUAUUUUAAGCCAAAUUUAGUAUGAUAAUUAAAAAAUAAAUUCGGAAUUAAUUAAU